AUGUCAUUCCUCAAAUCAUCUUCUGCUCCUCGACACUAUCGCUCUCCCAUCAAGCCCUACAUCCGCUCGAUGCCCCAUCUCCCAUUCGAAGUAUUUCUGUUACUACUCUCAUACGACCAAUCGCCAUCUGUCUUAGCCAAGUUAUGUCUACUCAAUUCAGAGAUAUACAGAAUAGUCAUACGCUAUCUGUACAGGAGGGUAGAACUGGAUAAAUUGAAUUGGGAGAGGUUCCUGUGGGGAUUCGUAAUUACCAGACCUAAAGAAGGACCUGGAAGCUUUGUCUUCAAGCCUCCGAAAGAGUUGUUAGAAAGUAUAAGCAAACACAGUAGGAAAGAGAUUGAAGAUGACACCAAGAAGAAUAAGAGGAACUCGCAUUCAACAGCUUCGUUUGAUCAUAGUCAAAAGGAGAAAGCCCCUCGUCCGGAAGUAGAACCAAAUCAAACAACUGAAAGUCGAAAACGAAAGGCAUUCGAACUGAUUAGGGUACUAGUCAUCAAUGAUAUCCCGAACACGACGACCGCCUCGACGUUGUUACACAUCGUCAAUUCCACCCAAGAUCAACAUCAAAGGGUGCUACUCAGAGGAGUAAGAAAGUUGAUACUGCACCCACAAGUCCUGUAUUCUUCUAUCCAAUGGAGGCACAUCAGCUCGAGGAAUAUUUUGAACCAAUAUCAAAGGGUACACGAACACGACUUCAUCAAAGCUUUGCCGAAUGCUAUGCCGAGACCAGGAUUGGAAGGUGCAAAGCACACAUCAACACCUAUAUCAGAAAUAGCUCUGGCAACCUCUAAUUUGGAUCUGGACCCGACUGGAUCAUCAUCCUUGGGGAUAGAGAAUGAUAAAAUACAUCAUGAUGACGAUGAAUUCGAAUUAGAGAUAUCAGGAUCCCUCCGGAAUCUAUGCAACUAUUACUCGACAAGGGGUAUGAGCCUAAUCACCUCGGUUCAUGUACCUCACGAAUUCGUUUUCUCCCAUUCCAAAGAACUCUUAGGUCAAACAUUAACAUCGCAAUGGAAAAUGUCAAAAUUCAUAUGGCAUGAAAUCACGUCGGAAACAUUACCUCUUAUACCCAAUGCAAAGAAAGUACAAUAUCAUUUCGUCAAACCCAGUAACAAAAGUACGAAUGCCUUAGAUGGAGAAAUGGAUACAUUGUUAUCUCGUGUGAAUAAUAUACGCUCGAUAUUGUUAGAAACGAUCGCAAAAGGUUUAGAUAUAAAAUACAAGUUUAUCGGUACAGGUCUAGGAAUCAAAUUCGAGAAUGAUAAAUCCGAGAUAGACGUACAGGAAAGAUUGAUGGAUCAAGUCAAGAACUCCGACCCGGGUCAUACGUUAGGUACGGAAGUUAUCCAAGACGAAUUUUGGAAUGAUAAUGUCACGUUUAUCACUUCGACUAGUGGAUUACUUUCGGUAGAAGAGAGGAAUUCAAGAGGUAUCGAUGUAUAUGGGACUGGAGAAUCAGAAUGUGCCUGUUAUCCUGUAAGCACCGCAGUAAAAGCAAAGAACGGUCAAGGACAAUUACAAACUCUGUCGCCUCAGGACACCAGAAGGACAGAGAAUGAAAUGGGAUUUCAACCGUACAGUCAAUUUAUACAGAAUCUAUCAGGGUAA